AUGGUCAACAAGUUUUUUCUACGCGGUCUCGGCUUCUUCAACGACGCGUAUGACCUCUCGGUCAUCAACAUCAUCAACGUGAUCCUCCAAGACCAGUACGGCAAGGACGUGUACACGGCCUCGAUGAAGUCGAACGUCUCGUCUGCCGCACUCAUCGGCGCGGUCCUCGGGCAGCUCGCGUUCGGCUUCCUCGGCGACGUCUACGGCCGCAAGAAAUGCAUGGUGGCGACCUGCGCGCUGCUCAUUUUUGGCGGUAUUCUAUGCGCGGCAGCGUACGGCGGGUCGGGCCACAACACGCUAUGGUUCCUCAUUUUUGCGCGCGGUAUCCUCGGGUUUGGUAUCGGCGGCGAAUAUCCGCUCGCCGCCGCGUCGUCGUCGGAGGACGCCACGUCACCUGCGGACCGAAACCGUCGCGUCGCGCUCACGUUUUCGCUGCAAGGUGUCGGCUUUCUCUUCGCCGGCGUCAUGGGCCUCGUCAUGGUCAACGUCUUUGACGACAAGUCGACGCGAGACCUCGAACUCAUGUGGCGCAUCCUCUUUGGCCUUGGCGUGCUCCCGGCCUUGUUUCUUGUCUACUACCGCAUCACGGCCGAGGAGCCCACGGCAUACCGUGCGAUGAUGGCCGACCAAGUGUCGGUCAAGGCCGUGCGCUGGAACUUCAUCCUCAAGCACUACGGCAAGAGCCUCCUCGGCACGGCCGGCACAACCUCUUUUCGGCGUCGAUUCUAA